UUUGAUUCUCUUGUGGGUUCAAUCUGUUUGGCUUGGGUUGGUUGCCUAGGUUUGCUCCAAAGGCUAGCCCUCGAGUUAACCUUGGCCUCGCUCGCCCGCCCGCCCCAGUACGUACCAGUUUGUUUCUCGCAAAGGGAACCAAACACAAAACACAAAAACAAUGGCAAAAUUAUUUAACUCAUAUAUCCUUCUCUUCUUCUUUUUCUUAUCCUUUGCUGCAAUUAUUGCCAAUGCCGAAACUGAUCAACCUCAAGAAUUAGAUGAGUAUUGGAAAAAACGAGCUGAGCAAGCCGAAAACUACACCAUGGAAUCUUACGAACCAAAUCCUGAGAGAGUUACCGACGAGUUCAAUGCUCAAGUUGGCGAGCUUAUAAUGGGGAAAAACGAGACAAGAAGGAACUUGAAGGGUCAAAAGAAAUAUGUUGGUCCAUGCAAGGUAACCAACCCAAUUGACGCCUGCUGGAGGUGCGACCCUAACUGGGCCAACAACCGCAUGAAGAUCGUGGACUGUAUCCAAGGCUUCGGUCGCAAGACCACCGGGGGUAAAGGCGGCCCUAUUUAUGUCGUGACUGAUCCCUCAGAUGGCGACUUGGUAAACCCUAGACCGGGAACCCUGCGUCACGCUGUGAUUCAAAAAGGGCCUCUUUGGAUCACCUUUGCACGCAACAUGGUGAUUAGGCUGCAGCAAGAGCUGAUGGUGGCUAGUGACAAGACCAUUGACGGUAGGGGAGCCAAUGUUAACAUAUUUGACGGUGCUGGCAUUACCAUCCAGUUUGUGAAGAAUGUGAUCGUCACCAACCUUCACAUCAAAAAGAUCGUCGCCAAAGAAGGUGGAAUGAUCAGAGACUCCGUCGACCAUUUUGGUCAGAGGACCAGGAGUGAUGGUGAUGGCAUCUCCAUCUAUGGCUCCUCCAACAUUUGGAUUGAUCACGUUUCCAUGGAAAAUUGCGCAGAUGGGCUCAUAGACGCCAUCAUGGGUUCCACCGGUAUCACCAUCUCCAACUCCCACUUCACUAAGCACAAUGAGGUGAUGUUGUUCGGUGCCAGCAACAGCUACACUCAAGACAAGAUGAUGCGAAUUACUGUGGCCUUCAACCACUUUGGUAAGGGUUUGGUGCAGAGGAUGCCAAGGUGCCGGCACGGAUUCUUCCACGUAGUGAACAACGACUACACCCACUGGCUCAUGUAUGCCAUUGGUGGCAGCAUGAACCCUACCAUCAUCAGCCAGGGUAACAGGUUCAUUGCUGCUUUAAAUGCCGCCACCAAAGAGGUGACGAAGAGGGAGUAUACGGAAGAAGCGGAGUGGAAGAAUUGGCUCUGGAAAUCUGAGGGAGAUUUGUUUAUGAAUGGAGCAUACUUUGUUGAAUCUGGGAGCCCAGCCAAUUUGCACGCAGACAAGCUUGAUAUGAUUCCCUUCAAGCCCGGCACCUACGUCACAAAAAUGACUAAGUUUGCCGGCGCUCUUGAAUGCUUUGUGGGCAAACCAUGUUAGACAGAGAGCUUUAAUUUUUCCAGUUGUACAUUCCUGCAUGCAAGAAAAUGUCGACGACGGAGGAUGAGAAAGAAGCCUACUUUUCUGUCUUCACCAACAGAAGAAAAAGAGAAGAGUUUGUAUUGUAUUAUACUAAACGUUACUUUUUUUAUUUUUAUUUUUUCUUUUGGUUUGUUUGGGAAACACUUGCGCAUAUUUUCUUAAAUUAGAAUGUAUCUUUAGCACUACAAAUUAAGAACACGUACGUGCUAUUUUUUGAAAUUUAAAUAAUUUCAGCUUAACCGCA